AGCGAGUCAUCGGAACAUUCGAAAUUCAAACUGCGAAGAAGUCGGGCGCGUUUUCGAUUUGUUUUAAAAUCGCUGAGGAAUAACGCGCUUUCGCAUUUCAUUUCGCCAGCACUAGCAGCCGCGUUGGAGUAACGAAUUCGAAACAGUCGCACGCUAAACGGCGCGUCGCUAAAUGUCAAAACAAUUAACAAUCGCGGUGGACAAGAAAUCGUGAAGUACAGCUAAGCGCAAGAAGCAGAAAGAUCGGCGAAAAAUAAGACGGAGACGCGAAAGCAAGAACUGUGAUAAAGUUAAGUGGUAAACAAGCAAGCAUGGAUAACAGUAGCGGCCAAAACAGCAGUACGGCGUUGGCGUCGGUAGCGGCGGCCAACAAAGUAGUCAACUAUUCGCCAGCCUCGCCCGCAUCAUCAUCAUCCAGCAUGAGUUCCAGCCAAGAGGACGGAGUUCCAUCGGGAUCCGGUCUGUUCACCCCCAAGAAGGAGAAUUUUCCCAACGCCAAGAUGCUGCAGACGAUCCGUGAGAAGCUGAUGACCCCUAACGGCGCAUGCGAUCUCCUGGCCCUGGGCAUCGCGGCGGAGCCCACGGACCAGCAGCCGGUAAAGCUCAUCCAGCAGCGAUAUCUGAUCAGUGCCCAGCCUAGUCACAUCUCGGCCGCCGUGGCCGCCAAGACGCCCGCCUCGUACAGACACCUUGUCGAUCUCACCGCCUCGAACCUGCGCUGCGUGGACGUAUUCACCGGGGAGCAGUUCCUCUGCCGGAUCGUCAACGAACCCCUGCACAAGGUGCAGCGCGCCUACUUCCAGUUGCAACAGCAGGAUGAGGAGCUCCGCCGCAGCACCAUCUACGGCCAUCCGCUGAUCCGGCCCGUCCACGACAUCGUGCCGCUGUCCAAGGAUCGCACCUACAUCCUAAUAGCGCCGGUGCCGCAGGAGCGGGACGCAACCGGUGGCUUGAGCGGUGUCUACGAGAACCUGCACACCUAUAUCCGGCACGAGAAGCGCCUGUGCGAGGCCGAGGCGCGAGCGAUAUUCCACCAGAUCUGCCAGACCGUCCAGGUGUGCCAUCGCAACGGGAUUAUCCUGCGAGACCUCAAGCUCAAGCGGUUCUACUUCAUCGACGAGGCCAGAACCAAACUUCAGUACGAGUCCCUUGAAGGCUCAAUGAUCCUCGACGGCGAAGAUGAUACGCUAAGCGACAAGAUUGGCUGCCCGCUUUACACCGCCCCGGAGCUCCUUUGUCCCCAGCCAACGUACAAGGGCAAGCCGGCGGAUAUGUGGUCGCUGGGCGUGAUCCUUUACACGAUGCUGGUGGGUCAGUAUCCGUUCUACGAGAAGGCCAACUGCAACUUAAUCACGGUGAUCCGACACGGGAACGUCCAAAUACCAAUGACGCUUUCGAGAUCGGUCCGCUGGUUGUUGUUGUCGUUGCUGCGAAAGGAUUACACGGAACGGAUGACCGCUAGCCAUAUCUUCCUGACGCCGUGGUUGCGGGAACAGCGCCCCUUCCACAUGUACCUGCCUGUCAACGUGGAGGUGGCCGAGGAUUGGAGCGAUGCGGAGGAGGAGAGCGAGGGCACAGCCACUGAAGCGAUUGAUGAGGACGAGGGCGGACCAUGUCCGUUGGGAGACAAGCACGAGUACGAGGAUAUCGGGGUGGAGCCGCUAGACUACACGCGAAACACGCUUCAGAUGGCGCAGAACGCCAAUGCCAUGUCCACGGAACCCGGACCCGAUACGGAUGUGGAAAUGGGCUGAUCGGAGCUCGAGAAAUUCACCCACGGGUUGCUUUCUGGGACACGCUGGCGCGUCGGCUGCUACUCCGGCUGUAUGCCGGCUUUCGGUAGCCGUCAGGAUAAUGGACACAUCAGGCGAUGUGACAUUGUGAAUACAUCCUGCGCCUUUUUGGGCGCGCGCCGAAUUUGACUGCGUUCCACGUCGUCUUCCUGCAGGUGGUACUGCCAAACAAAGACUUAAAGCCUCGCUUAGACAUUUUCUUUUAGAUACAAACACACAAGAACUCACUGCCUUCCAAUCGCGCUCCGUGGCCACGAUCCGUUCAAGAAUCGUGCCGCCCUGCGCAGCCUCCUCUCUGCAACCAAUUCUUCCUAUAAACACACAAAAAAAAAACAAAAACACCUACCUAUGUACAAUACAUUGUAACAUUUUUUAAUUUUUUUGCAAACUGUUGAUCUUGAUCAAAAAGGACAGUCGCCCUGAUUUGUUUUUGGGCUCUAAAACAACACAUUAGUUUCCAUGUUAAAAAAUGCAACAAAUGCAAAUUGUUAUUUAUUAUUUAAUACUUCUGUAUUACGCUUCGUCUACUAUAUGAAAAUCUUGCAAGAGAAAAUCGUGAAAAAAAAUAAUACAUUGAAAUUUGAUCUCACCAAGAAUUAAAA